AGUUUCAUUGUUUUCAUUUGUUUUCCCGCCAAGUUAGCUUGCAGAAAAAAUCAUUGCUUCGCAAGCAUUUAAAUAUUGCUGAGCUAAUUUUUUACACUUUAACAAUUUUACACAAGCAGAUUUUAAUAUUUUAUUGUUAUAAUGGCAGACUCACCAUGUGAGCCCCGAGCAAAGAGACAAAAAGUUGAUAAAGCAGGUCGUUUUGCUGCACUCGCCAAGUUGAAAGAACUAAAAGGCAGUAAACAUAAAUAUGAAGUGGAGGAGGAGGUCGACAAUGUUUAUGAAAUAGUCGAUGAACGUGAGUAUGCCAAGAAGGCAAAGGAAUUGUACGGUGAUGACUGGAUAGAAGAUGAUGGUACCGGCUAUGCUGAAGACGGUCGAGACUUUUUCGAAGAUGAGGCUGAAUAUUCGGAUGAUGAUACCGCAAAAUCAUCUAAAGAUCAAAAGAAAGGUGGCAAAAAGCGUCCGCGAGAAAGUGAUAAACCGGUCAAAGGCAAAGGUUCCAUAAGAAAUCUCUUCAGCAAUGCUGUUCCCAAAAAGGCUGCGGCAGCAUCAAUUAAAGAUGAUGAUAUCUUAAACGAUAUUUUGGGCGAGCUAGAGGAUAAACCGAAGGAGUCAUCAACAUCGAAUGAAGCAGCAAAAUCCCAAAAAGUAAUUGCCCCCGCACGUAUUGUCACCAAUACACGGAAAUCAGAUGCGGCUGUGGCCAAAGAAUAUAUGAAUAGCUUCAUCAACAACAUCAAUAUGAAAGAAUCCUCAAAGAAAUCCAAAGAAAACAGUGACGAUGAACUUUUGGAUAGUAUAUUAAAAUCAAAACCAAAAGAAAAGGCGAAAGCUCCCACAGCAACGACGCCGGCAGUUGCAGCUAAGCCAACAGAACCAAAAGAAUCACAACCAAGGGAAGAGAACAAAGAAAAUGCUAGAGAACCCUCAAUUCCAAAGGAGGUGGAAGCUCCCAAAACAUCAUCAUCGUCUAGUGAACCUGUUAUACCAGAUGAUGAUAUGGACUUUAGUUGUUUGCAGGAUGAUGAAAAUCAAUUUGAUUUGGAGAAAACUUUAGGGGCAACCAAAAAAGUAGAAUCGCCGGUGAAACCGAAAGCUCCAGUGGUGACACCUGAAGAAGAUAUGCAAAAGUUACUCAAUAAUUGGGAGAAUAUAUGUCAAAUGGAUGAUUUUAAUGAGGAGCUGACAGCUACAUCAGCCACAAAUGGAACUGAUGUGUUAAGUGGUCAGGAGAAUUUACGUUUCUGGUAUUGGGAAGCAUGGGAAGAUCCCCUACGUCGUCCCGGUGAAGUUUUCCUAUUUGGUCGCACGCAAGAGGGUAAAUCGAUUAGUGUGCGUGUGGAGAAAAUCGAUCGUGUUAUAUAUCUGCUGCCAAGGGAAUAUCUUUUGGAUCCCAUCACUAAGGAGCCAACCAAACAAAAAGUCACACUGGCCGAUUUGUACAAAGAAUUUGAUGAAUCCAUAUCAAACGAUCUGAAAUUAGGUGAAUUUCGUUCACGUAAAGUAACCAAGAACUUUGCAUAUCAUUCAAUUGGCAUAGAUGUGCCACAACAAUGUGACUAUAUGGAAGUACAUUAUGAUGGCAAGAAACCUCCACCAAAUACCAAACUAAAGUAUAAUUCAAUUGCUCAUAUAUUUGGUACGAAUACUACAUCUUUGGAAAGAUUUAUUUUGGAUCGCAAAAUAAAAGGUCCCUGUUGGUUGAAUUUGAAACAAUUCAAAGUAAAUCCCGCACCCAUGAGUUGGUGUAAAAUAGAUGUGACGGUUAGUGAGCCAAAGUUUGUGGUUUUAACCGAAGACCCGAAGCCGGUGCCACCUCCACCCAUAACUCUGCUGACCUUAAAUGUACGCACAUCGCUGAAUAGUAAAACGCUGAAAAAUGAAAUUUGUAUGAUAUCCAUGUUGGUUCACAACCGAUUCCAAGUGGAUAAGCCACCACCGAAUCCGCCCUUCAAUAAACAUAUGUGUGGCCUUACACGGCCUGCAAUGUGCACUUGGCCAUUUGAUUUGAAUGCAAAGUUGACCAAAUUCAAAGCAACCAAAAUUUUUAAACAUGAUUCGGAAAGGGCUUUGCUUAGUUGGUUUUUAGCUCAGUACCAGCAAAUUGAUGCAGAUCUUAUUGUUACACAUGAUGCUUUGGAUUGUCAGCUGGAUGUCAUAGCUGAUCGUAUUGUCACCUUGAAAAUACCACAAUGGUCACGUUUGGGUCGGCUGCGUAUGUCUCAGGCUUUCGGCAAGAAAAUGUUGGAUUUCUUUAUUGGGCGCAUGGUGUGCGAUGUAAAACGCUCCGCCGAGGAAUGCAUACGUUCCAGAUCAUAUGAUUUACAAACUCUGUGUCAAAAUGUCUUGAAAAUCAAAGAAAACGAUCGCAUGGAAGUAAACGAAGAAGAUCUAUUGGAAAUGUUUGAAACUGGUGAUGGCAUUUUGAAAUUGGUUACGCUGACCAUGCAAGAUGCUUCAUUCAUUCUAAGGCUAAUGUGUGAUUUAAAUAUUAUGCCAUUGGCUUUGCAAAUAACCAACAUUUGUGGUAACAUUAUGACUCGUACACUGCAGUCGGGUCGUUCGGAACGUAAUGAAUAUUUGCUGUUGCAUGCAUUCACGGAGAAGAAUUACAUCGUACCCGAUAAGAAGAAAAGAGAAUUUAACAAUGCUUCUGCUGAUCCUGAAGCUGGGGAUCAUGAUAGUACUGCUGCCAAUACAACGUCUGCUGCAGGCGGUGGACGUAAAAAGGCGGCAUAUUCUGGUGGUUUAGUGUUGGAUCCCAUACGUGGCCUAUACGACAAAUACAUUUUAUUGAUGGAUUUCAAUUCGCUAUAUCCCAGUAUAAUACAGGAAUAUAACAUUUGUUUUACCACAGUGCAACAGCCCUACAAUCCCGAGGAUGUGCCACAAUUGCCCGAUUCAACUUUGGAGGCAGGCAUAUUGCCACAGCAAUUGAGACGUUUGGUGGAAUCACGUCGUGAAGUUAAAAAAUUAAUGGCCCAGCCAGAUCUUGCUCCCGAAUUACAAAUGCAAUAUCAUAUAAGGCAAAUGGCUUUAAAAUUGACCGCCAAUUCCAUGUAUGGUUGUUUAGGUUUUGCCCAUUCGCGAUUCUUUGCUCAGCAUUUAGCUGCGCUGGUCACCCUUAAAGGUCGUGAAAUUCUCAUGAAUACCAAAUCGUUGGUACAAAAAAUGAACUAUGAGGUGGUAUAUGGUGACACUGAUUCAAUCAUGGUCAAUACCAACAUCACCGACUAUGAGCAGGUAUUUAAAAUUGGAAGCGGCAUUAAGCAGAGUGUUAAUAAACUGUACAAACAAUUGGAACUGGAUAUUGAUGGAGUGUUCAGCUGUUUGCUGCUGCUUAAAAAGAAGAAAUACGCCGCUGUUAAGGUGGUCAAGACGGCCAAGGGUGAACUGAAAAAGGAGCAAGAACACAAAGGUUUGGACAUUGUCCGUCGUGAUUGGUCUCAAAUUGCAAUUAUGGUCGGUAAGGUGGUACUCGAUGAAGUAUUGUCGGACAAACAAUUGGAUGAUAAGCUCGAUGCUGUGCAUUCGCAUUUGGAGAAAGUUCGUGAUCAAAUAUUGGCUGGUGAUGUUCCGCUACCCAUGUUUGUGAUAACCAAACAAUUGUCGAAAGCCCCCACCGAUUUUAAUAAUGCUUCAACGCAACCGCACGUUCAAGUGGCACUGCGUAUGAAUAAAACCCGCAAUCGUCGUUACAAGAAGGGCGAUAUGGUCGAUUAUGUUAUUUGUCAAGAUGGCACCUCAAAUGCAGCCACACAGAGGGCUUAUCAUUUGGAUGAAUUAAAGGGUAGUGAAACUCUUAAAUUGGAUACUGAUUAUUAUCUUUCGUCACAAAUUCAUCCGGUUGUAACACGUAUGGUUGAGGUCUUGGAUGGUACCGAUGCUAGUCGUGUGGCGGAGUGUUUGGGAUUGGAUCCAACCAAAUUUAGAGCUCAAGUUCAAAGAACCUAUGAAGAGCGUGCAGUUGAUUCCACUGGCGAAUCAUUGGUUAAGAGUACCUUACAAAAAUAUCGUACCUGUGAGAAAUUCAAAUUCAUAUGUGUACGUUGUAAAACGGAAAACAUCGUUGCAUCUGCAUAUAAACCUUCGGCUGGCAAUUCAUAUGAAGCUGUCCUGCAGAAAUGUUCAAAUCCAGAUUGUUCCAUUGCUCCCUAUCAAUAUGUCAUUGCUAUACGCAAUCAACUUAUUCUCAGUAUGCGUGGAUUUAUAACACGUUUCUAUCAGAAUUGGUUGGUGUGUGAUGAUCCGGCAUGUAAUCAGAACACACGCUGUUACACUCAUGUCACCAGUGGUCGUCGUCCCGUGUGCAUGCGUUGUAAAAAUGGCACUCUCGUCAGACAAUACACCGAAAGAGAUCUCUACGAUCAAUUAAGUUAUUUCCAAUAUAUGUUUGAUUUGUCAAAACAUCUGCAUAAAAAUGUUAACAUUUCACCCGAGGUCACAGCUGCUUAUCAUGUGUUACGUGAAACGGUCGAUCAACAAUUGGAGAAAUCUGCAUAUUGUACUAUUGCCCUCAGUAAACUCUUCGCUGGGUGGAAACCAUUGCUUCAUGAUGAAGUUGUAGCCCAAAAGAAAAUCGAUCUACCAUCGGUACAAGUGGCAGCCACUUUGGAUGAUAUUUAGUUUGUAGGGAAAUAUGCAUUUUAGCAACGCCAAUUAUUAUGGUGUAUGUUUUUUAUAUUCAUAUCAAUAGUCCAUAGCAAUUGUAAAAAGCAGCACAUAAUCAAUCAUUUAUAACAGCAAUUAUUUUAUGCAUGUUAUUACAUAUCCAAACAAAAAGUUUUGAAAUAUAUUUAAUUUGUACACAAAUA